GGCGCUGGCCAUGGCGGGCUGCUGCGCCGCGGUGGCGGCUUUUCUGUUCGAGUACGACACGCCGCGCAUCGUGCUCAUCCGCAGCCGUAAAGUGGGGCUCAUGAACCGCGUCGUGCAGCUGCUCAUCCUGGCCUACGUCAUCGGGUGGGUGUUUGUGUGGGAGAAGGGCUACCAGGAAAUGGACUCUGUGGUCAGCUCGGUUACUACCAAGGCCAAGGGCGUGGCUAUGACCAACACCUCCAAACUUGGAUUCCGGAUCUGGGAUGUGGCCGAUUACGUGAUUCCAGCUCAGGAGGAGAACUCACUCUUUAUCAUGACCAACAUGAUCGUCACUGUGAACCAGAGCCAGGGCGUCUGUCCUGAGAUUCCAGAUAAGACCACUGUGUGUCAGUCUGACGCCAACUGCACUGCAGGCUCCGCGGGCACUCACAGCAACGUAGGCGUUUCGACAGGAAGAUGUGUGCCGUUCAACGGGACUGUAAAGACAUGUGAGGUUGCAGCCUGGUGCCCCGUGGAGGACGACACCGAUGUGCCCAACCCUGCCUUCUUAAAGGCUGCAGAGAACUUCACCCUUCUGGUCAAGAACAACAUCUGGUACCCCAAAUUUAACUUCAGCAAGCGGAACAUCCUUCCCAGCAUCAACACCUCCUACCUGAAGUCAUGCAUUUACCAUGCAGAAACAGAUCCCUUCUGCCCCAUCUUCCGCCUGGGCAGAAUUGUGACGAGCGCGGGACACAGCUUCCAGGAUAUGGCGGUGGAGGGUGGCAUCAUGGGCAUCCAGAUCAGAUGGGACUGCAACCUGGACUGGGCCGCCACCCUCUGCCUGCCCAGGUACUCCUUCCGCCGCCUGGACAACCGCGACGCCGACCACAACGUGUCCCCCGGCUACAACUUCAGGUUUGCCAAGUACUACAAUGACCCGACUGGCGGGGAGCACCGCACCCUCAUCAAGGCCUAUGGCAUCCGCUUCGACAUCAUCGUGUUCGGGAAGGCUGGGAAGUUUGACAUCAUCCCCACCAUGAUUAACGUGGGCUCGGGCUUGGCCCUGUUAGGGGUGGCGACAGUGCUGUGUGACGUCAUUGUCCUCUACUGCAUGAAGAAGAAAUACUACUACCGGGAGAAGAAAUACAAAUACGUGGAAGAUUAUGAGCAGGGCCUCAGCGAUGACACACACCAGUGAUGCCCCCCCACACACCUGGGCUCUCUGUGGCCCCCACCAGACACCAAGACAAGGAAGAGGAGGCUCCACAUUCCCCCCCGAGAGCGCACAGGACUCUGCCUCCACCCUGGACGGACCGCAGGCUUCCCAGCAUUCCUGAGUGUGAGGGGUGGGAUCCAGAGAGAGGGCCACAGGUCUAGUUUGGGGCCAGGUUGCCCCUGUUGUCCUGUGGCCGGGGAUGGGGUCGCUGGGGCGAGCUCUGCGCCUUGGUGGUGUGCUCCUGUGCUCACGGGCUGGAGCCUGCCCCUGGCCUCCUGUGCUGGCUCACCUCUGAUGCUCCUAUCUCCGGCCCCCCAGAGACAGCUCCAGAGCUCCGCGGCACAGCAGCUCUGCACAGGCGAUUUCUAAAGGAGCGAAGGGCCCUGCCUGGUGGCCGCGGGGUCUGAGCCAGCUGGUCUGAGGUCCGGCGCAGGCACUGGACUUGGCCGCACAGUCAGGAGCUGAAUUCAGGAUUUCUCUCCCGAGAAUCGGUGUGGAUCUGAGAACAUUAAAACAAGCCAUUUCAUGA